GGUGUUGGCGAAAAAGAAGAGACGAAAAAAAGUACGAGGCAAGGUGGGAGAGGAAAGGUCUAUCUGUUCCACCACGAGCCGUCAUGGCUGAAUCAUUGUGAGCAAUUGUGAGCGAUUCUCAUAGGAAACCGAUAACAAAUGACGCCGCGAGUGAUUCAUUAGAGUGAUGAAAAAUCGAGGUUUCCAUUUCGCGCGACAACGACGUUUACGACGUGCCUCCGCAUCUGUCAGCUCCUUUUGAUUCAGCCCAGGACGAACCGAUCGCUGGAGAGCUCCAUGCCGAGGCUUCGCCAGAGGGAGACAACAGGGUGAUCAAAGGGAGAAAGAGAGAUAGAGAGAGAGAGAGAGAGAGAGAGAGAGAUUUUGUGCGUGUCCGGUGCGCUACACGAUGAACGGGUUAAGUCUGAGUGAAUUGUGUUGCUUGUUCUGUUGUCCUCCCUGCCCGUCCAGAAUCGCAGACAAAUUAGCCUUCCUGCCGCCCGAGCCCACGUACACGUUUGUCGAAGACGAGGGCUCCAAGUUCUCCAUCUCUCUAUCGGAACGCGCCGAGUGGCAAUAUACUGAACGCGAGAAAGAGUCGGUGGAAGGUUUCUAUGCGAGGACGUCGCGCGGCAACCGCAUAGCAUGCCUAUUCGUACGUUGCUCAGCGACCGCACGUUUCACCAUCCUCUUUUCACACGGGAAUGCUGUCGAUCUCGGGCAGAUGUCGAGUUUCUACCUUGGGCUGGGCUCACGCAUAAAUUGUAAUAUAUUCAGCUAUGAUUACUCAGGCUACGGAGUGUCGGGUGGCAAGCCGUCCGAGAAAAACCUCUACGCGGACAUCGAUGCCGCGUGGCACGCACUGCGUACACGUUACGGCAUCAGUCCGGAGAACAUAAUACUCUACGGCCAAAGCAUUGGCACUGUACCCACUGUCGAUCUUGCAGCAAGAUACGAGGUCGGCGCGGUAGUGCUGCACUCACCACUCAUGUCUGGCAUGCGAGUUGCUUUCCCGAAAACCAAAAGAACUUGGUUCUUUGAUGCUUUCACCAGCAUAGAUAAAGUGCCGAAAGUAACGUCGCCUGUUCUGGUCAUUCAUGGCACUGAAGACGAAGUUAUAAAUUUUAGCCAUGGUUUGGCUAUUUAUGAAAGAUGUCCACGAGCAGUGGAACCAUUAUGGGUUGAGGGUGCUGGACACAAUGAUGUAGAAUUAUACAAUCAAUACCUCGAACGACUGAAACAAUUUGUAAGCGUGGAAUUGAUAAACUGACGGCGACUCAGCCUCUCCCAGAGUCAGGGAGGACAGGGAGGGGGCCAUAUACAUGCGAACAGUCAAGGACGUACCGUUUCUAACAAUUCUAAUACCAUCAGUUCCAUUUCGACAAGCUCACCAACGGAGAAGCUUGUCUAGCAGUCGCCUCCCACAGGGGAGAAGACACCUGUCCUUCCCUGUGAUGAAGAAUCAUCUUUCGCUUCUGUAG